AUGUCAUUCUGCAACAAUGCUGAUUGCCACAAGGCAAGGCACUUCUCGUCGACACACCUGAAUUCGCCAAACCCGGCUCCCUCGACAUUUUUGCGUUUCUGGAGGCCACGGUCGCGGCUUGGGUUUCUCGAUGCCCUUUAUUGUGCCUGCUUGCAGACCAUAUCCCAGAUGCUGGCGAUAUGCCUAUGUGCCCCCCGCCCCGCUUGCUGCAACCUGUUCCGCGGUCAAGGAACCACCAAAACAUGCCAGAGCCGUCCUGUGUCUUUCGCUAACGAUGUUCUGGGCAGAUAUUGUAGGUGCGAAGGUUCCCGCGAGUCCGUCUUCAACAAAAACCGACAGCUCCCGAAUCUGAAGAAGGGCAGCGUGUGCCCCUGCAGCCAGCUGGUCAACGACAUUCGGCAGGACAUGACUGAUCAAGCGUUUUGA